UGGCAAGCACUUGGUGAAGGUUUCUAUUUACACAUGCCGGCCCCAAUGACUCCCUCGGUCGCCUCCUCCCUCGGACGAGACGUGUAAACAGGAAAUCACGCGGCAUUUGUCCUUCUGAGAUAUGUCCAGUAGUGUUAACACGGAAUUAACAGGCACCUCCUGUCUCGAUCGGAUUUGGAUUUGGAUGCGUUUAAUCAGUGUUGAGACACAUUGGAAAAGCUGCCCGGUAUUAAUGUGCUCUCUGUAAGCGGAGUGAGGCCACAUCGUUGAAGGAAAAUAUUCAUCCAACGUGACAAAAUGGCAGACAAAAUUAAAGAUGCAAAGAUCAUCUUUGUUGUGGGUGGGCCCGGCUCAGGAAAGGGCACCCAGUGUGAGAAGGUAGUGGCAAAGUACGGCUACACCCACCUGUCGUCUGGGGAUCUGCUCCGCGCAGAAGUGGCUUCGGGCUCCGAGAGGGGGAAGCAGCUCCAGGCCAUCAUGCAGAAGGGAGAGCUGGUGCCCCUGGACACGGUCUUAGACAUGAUUAAGGACGCCAUGAUCGCCAAGGCCGACGUGUAGGGCUACCUUAUUGAUGGCUACCCCCGAGAGGUGAAGCAGGGCGAGGAGUUCGAGAAGAAGAUCGGCAAACCCUGCCUGCUGCUGUACGUGGACGCAAAAGGAGAGACCAUGGUCAAGAGGCUCAUGAAGCGCGGCGAGACCAGUGGGCGUUCCGACGACAACGAGGAGACCAUCAAGAAGCGCCUGGACCUGUACUACAAAGCCACCGAGCCGGUCAUCGCCUUCUACGAGAGCCGCGGCAUCGUCAGGAAGGUCGACUCUGAGCUCCCGGUGGAUGAGGUCUUCAACCAAGUCUCCAAGGCGAUUGAUGCACUGAAGUAAAGCAACAUAACUAGA